GUAUUCCAAUGCCUCGGUUUCAGCACUCUCGAUUUGCUAGCCUUGAGCUGCCUGCUACAUUGACAACUUUCUGUGAUAUUGCGGAGAGUUGCUACGCGAGCAAGCAUCACAGCCUAUAGCCUGCUGCUACCCGGGGAGAGGCGAUGAUGGCGGCGGCCGUAGAGAGAGGAGGAGUGCGGGCCGCUUUCCUGAAUCCAGGCAGCGGCGGCGGGAUCGGUGGACCACCCCCGGCACCUAUGGCUACUGCUCCUGGAGCCGCGGUUGGAGCAGGAGGCAUGGGUUCGAAUUCGGGUGGGUCAGAUGGUCCCAUACCCGUGCCUAUGAACCUUUUUGCAACGUGGGAAAUAGACCGUUCUUCUCCGAGUUGUGUUCCAAGAUUGUGCAGCCUGACCCUCAAGAAACUGAUUGUCCUCAAAGAACUGGACCGAGAGCUUAGCUCCGUGGUGAUAGCUGUCAAAAUACAGGGGUCCAAGCGCAUCUUGCGGUCCAACGAGUAUGUCCUUCCCCCAGACGGACUGAUGGAGACUGACCUUGAGCUAACCUUCUCACUCCAGUAUCCCCACUUCCUCAAAAGGGACGCCAACCGAUUGCAGAUCAUGCUGCAGAGGAGGAAGCGAUAUAAAAACCGUACCAUCCUGGGGUAUAAGACCUUAGCUGUGGGCGUCAUAAAUAUGGCAGAGGUGAUGCAACACCCGACAGAUGGAGCACAGAUCCUGGGUCUCCAUAGCAACGUGAAGGAGGUGCCGGUGCGUGCGGCCGAGCUCAGUGUGUAUUCCCUGUCCAGUCAGCCCAUUGACCAUGAGGACGGCAGCGGGCAGACAGGGACCAAGGCCAAAGCCUUAGAUCGCUCCCCGGAUAUGGAUAACUACUCAGAGGAUGACGACGACAGCUACUCUUCGGAGCAGGAAGCUAGUGACGAUGCUGUUCAACCAGUGGACCUGUACGAUGAGGAUGAUGAUGGACAAAGGAAGCCAAAGAAAAACCGGAGGAAAAUGAUUCGAACAACAUCCAUGACAAGGCAACCCAAUUUCAAACAGAAGUUUGUGGCCCUGUUGAAGCGAUUCAAAGUGACGGAUGAGGUUCUGGACUCGGACCCAGUUGACCAGACCCAGGAGGUGGAGGAGGAUCUGGACCUGCUCUAUGAUAGUCUGGAGGUUUACAACCAGAGUGACAGCGGCCCUGAGAUGGAGGACAACGAGAGUGUCCUCAGCACACCCAAACCCAAACUCAAGCCCUUCUUUGAGGGAAUGUCCCAUUCGAGCUCCCAGACUGAGAUUGGGAGUCUGCACAGUCAGAAGAGCCAGGCCAGGGACCUGGCCUGCAUCGGUGGAGAUCUGCUGACCCCGGACAGGGCCAAAGUCCUAAUAGGGACCAAGUAUACAGAUGACAGCGCCGGAUUGGAGUCUCCUGCGGGGGACGCGGAGGAUGAGGAGACUAGGGCUGGCACAGGGCCAGGUGAGGCUAACCCCACCCCCACCAGCUGGGACCUGAGCACGGACAAACUGCCCGGCCCAGUGGCCAAACUCUGCAAGACUGAGUCCCAGACACUCAUGUCGCCCAGUAAAACAGAGAACAAGCUGCAGAGGCGUCCUAGGAGCACGUCCAUGAAGGACCGGCAGAACUCCAAGGCCCAGAGUGACAGGACUAGCAGCAUUGACAGCGAGACAUCCCCGGAAUCCAGGAUCGCUGUCCAGGUUCCCAGGAAGUCAGUGUACGACCAGCUGAACCAGAUCCUUAUCUCUGACGAGCAGCUCCCAGAGAGCAUCAUCCUCAUCAACACCACAGACUGGCAGGGCCAGUAUCUAUCUGAGAUUCUCCAUGAGCACAGCCAGCCUAUCGUGUGCACCAUCUCUGGUGCGGAUGUCCAUGCAGCUUUCAACACCAUCGUCACCAGGAUCCAGAGAUUCUGUAACUGCAAUGCCCAGACACCCCCCACCAUCAAAGUGGCGGUGGCCGGAGACCAGAGUUACCUCAGCACCAUCCUCAGGUGCUUCGUGGAGCAGCUGGCCAACAAGACGCCUGAUUGGCUCAGCUAUAUCCGCUUCCUGCUCAUCCCUGUCGGCACUCAUCCUCUGGCCAAACACAUGUCUUCGUUCGACAGCAAGUUCAACAACAUCUUCAUGGACGCCGGCUGGAGGGACUUAUUUGGCAGACUCGAGGCCCCAACAUCAGACAACAUUGAUGUGGCAGGCCGCGUUUCUCAGUACCUGGCUGGGGCCAGUGUUUCACACCAGUGUCCCAUCUCUGAGGCCAUGCUCACCUACAAACAGAAAAGGAAGAGAAGCUUAUAUUUUGAUUUUUACAUCAGCCCUGACGAGGACUCCUGUCAGAAGUUUGUGCCAUUUAUUGGGCUGGUGAAAGUGGGCAUCGUUGAGCACAACCUCUCGACCUCAAUGGACUCUGAUGAUGCUGUGAUGGGGAGCAUCAAUAUGCUGGCCUCCCCUCCCCCCCAGCCGGGACCAACCUACAUGAAGGACCUGACCUGCACCCCGCCCCCCUCCCCCUCCGUCUCAGCCACCCUCGCCGGAGCCGGCUCUCCGGUGACAGGUGGGGAGGUGAUGGGGCUCCAAGUGGACUACUGGACAUGUCACGGCGCCGACAAGAAGAAGGAGGGCGAGAAACGCGACGUGGGCAUCAAGAAUACCCUGAAGAGCAACUUCCGCUCGCUGCAGGUGUCCCGCAUCCCCAACGGGGGCGAGCUGACACCCCCUCCCGGCAUGGCCAUGACCGUUGUAAUGAAGGAGAAGAACAAGAAAGUGAUAUUCCUGAGUAAAAAGCCCAAGGAGAAGGAGGUGGACUCCAAGAGCCAGGUGAUCGAGGGCAUCAGCAGGCUGAUCUGCACUGCCAAACACCAGCACACCAUGCUGAGAGUGUCCAUUGACGGCGUGGAGUGGAAUGAUGUCAAGUUUUUCCAGCUGGCUGCCCAGUGGCCUACUCACGUCAAGCACUUCCCUGUUGGCAUCUUCGGCUACACCAAGCCCGCCAUGUGACAUAUCACUGCCACCUAAACCCAAGUAUGGGUAGCUGCAGCCCAAUAUGGCAACCGGAGUAUGGGCGAGUGGGUGUGUCGAAAGGAGUUUUUGUAUCGAGUCGCCUGCUGACCGGAGGUGCUUCUCACUGGGCAGCUGUGUCAAGUUGUCACCAGCGGUAGCUAACGUGCCAAUUUUCUUCUUUUCUCCUAUGAUUUUAUUUCAAGUAGGAUAGAAGCCUACAUAAGAAAUAACUAAUAUUGAUAACCAUCGAGAUUUCACGUUGAUACAUACAUACAGUCUACUCAAUGGGCAUGACAUGAAGGGCAACAACACCUGGACACAAUGUCCGUGCUCUCGCUUUCCAAGUGCUUGUCCCGGCGUGGGAAGUAGCUAAUUAGUAGCCAAUAUCAGCCAAUAUAUUAGUAGCCGUCACAGUGAGCACACGCAUACAAGCAAUAGUACACCCAUCAUCAGUACUUUUAAUAAACAAUAAACAAUCGUCAUUUUUACAACUAAAAAUCUACAAUUAUUUGUGUUUAACUAACAGCGAAAUAUGACUCAGACUCAUCCUCUGGAUGAUUCAGACUCAAGUCUAAACUCUUGCAGUACGAUAGUUGUGUGGUAAGAACCGGACUAAACCGUCUAACCUGUAACAGAGCGCUUUCGACACACCCUCUCCUUUCCACACGCCAAUUACUUUCCUUUCGAACACAUCCUCUCGCCUAUACGCCGGUCGACAAAUUGGGCUGCAGCUACCCCCUUCUCCUUAAACCCUGACCCCUGAACAGCCUUUAUCAUCUCCCAUAGAGAGAGAUGGGCUGGUUUCCAUUCUGAAAAAUCACUCCUUUCCUUCCGUCCUUUAAAACUAACCUCAUCUCCCAUAGAGAGAAUGGGGCUGGGUUCAAUUCUGAAAAAAAUAAUUCUGUUCCCUUUGAAUAGUCCUCAUCUUCCAUAGAGAGAGACAAGCUGGAAUACAUUCUGAAAAAUCACUCCCUUCCUUUCUGUCCUUUUGAUAUUUGUAUUUACUAGGUAUUGAGGCUAUCAAUAUGGUAAUAGCUCCAUGAAGUGAAGAUUAUAGGUCCUUAUAUGUUGGUUCCCAAUGUUUCAAGAUGUAAUUAUUAGAAAUACAUUUCUAAGUCUAAGUUUGAAAUGAAUCCAACUCCAAGUCAUUCAGCUCCGUGGGCUCUCCAAGUUGCCAAAGGUAGUGGGGAAGGCUGGGAGUAAUCCACCAGAUUGGAACCCAGCCCUGCUCUGACUAAGCAAAAAACGUAAACAAACCCCCUAGUCCUUUUCCUGUGGAAACUGUCCAGUUACAAACCUGUGUUCCCAGUAUAAAAUGGAUGCUGUUGUCAACGUCAAAUGUUACUGUUUUAUACACCAGCAAAAAAAGAAGGAAAAAAACAUGUUUUGUUAAAAAAUGUAUGCUGCCUUUUAAGUAUAAUAGUGUAUAUUGUGGUUCGACACGUAUAAUGGCCACCUGUAAUGGCAGCUUUGUUGGCACUUUGUUUUGUUACUAUAUUAUUAUUUCUGUGAAAUCCUAUGUAGGUAAAUGUCCUGUAUAUAAUGUAAGAGGAUUGAAGGGGUGUGCUGGUGUGUGUUCACAGUGUGUGCCGGGAGGCCGUGUGUUACUGAUUUUUAGGGGAAAGGGUGGGAUGCUGAGAGAGGAAUUGCUGUGAAAUUUGCAGAGGAACCCCUCUUGCUAUGAAGAGAUGUAUUUUGUUCUCUUUUUUUAUUGAGAAAAGUGACUUACUCAAGUUUUUGAUACACUACUUUCUAGCUAGUAUACUUGCCUUUUUGAUUUAGAAGCACAUUGUAUGGAAACAGAAUUGGGACAAUCAGUAACCAAGAAACUUGGCACUGUAUUACGAGAGACAUUCAUCAGAGAGUGGAAUGUAUCCUUAGGCGAGUUCAAUGCAAUGACUUCCCUUGUGAAUUUGUGACACGGGCCCUAGGUGCAUGCAAGAAUUUCUGGACACAAACGUGUACAGAAGAGAGAAGAGUGAGAGAAAGGGAGGGCAAAGAAAGAAGGAAACAAAUGUAUUGUUCGCAGUGCCCUGCUCUAACACACCUGAUUAGCCUACUCUCUGCAAAGGGCUCAGCAGUGCAGUUUUCAGUAAUACCCUUCCCACACUACUACUGAGAAGACCCAAGCCAAGCUGUAGUACUCUGGCCUGGUUAAGCAUCCACUAUAGUUGUUGGAACUGUGUUCAAAAUGACCAUGUGGGGGAAAAAAACAGUUAAACACAGUACAGUUUGGCUUGGUACAGUAGUGUGAAAAGGGUCGAAGAAUUCCCCGGUUGUUAAACUAUUUACCAGUGACAUUGAAGUGGUGUUCUUUUUUCUAACUGUAUCCAUUCUGAAAGACAUGAAUCCCUUUUUAUAAAACUAGCGUGCCGUAUUCAACAAUGAACUAAUUGCUGUCCACUGUUCUCUGUUUUUAUACUUUCUUAAAGAUAGACCCACUCAUGAUGUUGAGUCAAAAAGGGCCACAGGCUUAAUUGGUUUUUAGGGAAUUGCCAGGAUUUUAAUGUCAGCAAUGUUGUUGUAUUGUGUGUUGUUUUUUCAUGAGGUGUAUUUUCUCAUAGACCUAUGAGGGAAAUAACAUCCUGUGCCUCUUCAGUCAAGGCUAUGCAGGAACCCUGGAAGUCAAAGCUUCCUUCCUUAGUUAUUUUGCCUCUCUCCAUCUUUUUACCUUGUAUGUUUGUGACUUGACACGAAAAUGCAUUUGAUUUGGAUGAAAGUGUGUUUUGGAGAUUUUAAGUGUGUGUCUGUGUGUGCAUGCGCUCAGAAGGGGUACUGUGUAACCCCAUUUGUCAAUAUCAACCAUUUGAAAACUAUGGCUUCUCUUGCGAUUAGAUACUACAUGGAUAGUAUUACAUUUGAUGUAUUUUUUGUUCAUCUUCACCGUGGUAGCUGAGUAUUAACAACAGUGUAUGUUACCGUAUAUUUGACCCUUUCUUCGUGCAUUGCUGACGGUCAAGGUGUUUCAUGUUUUUGCCUCUGAAAGGGGGAAGGUCUUCGGCAAUGCCACUCAUUUGAUUAUACAGUGUUCCACUAUUUCAUGAUACAAAUGGACACCAUAUAUACAACAGUAUAUGACCACCCCUUCAAAUUAGUGGAUUUGGCUAUUUCUGCCACACCCGUUGCUGACAGGUGUAUAAAAUUGAGCACACAGCCGAGCAAUCGCCCUAGUCAAACAGUGGCAGUAGAAUGGCCUUACUGAAGAGCUCAGUGACUUUCAACGUGGCACCGUCAUAGGAUGCCACCUUUCCAACAAGUCUUUUCCUUACAUUUCUGCCCUGCUAGAGCUGCCCCGGUCAACUGCAUAUUGAUGCCAAUGAUUUUGGAAUGAGACAUUCAACGAGCAGGUGACCACAUACUUUUGGUCAUGUAGUGUAUCUAUACAUAACUGAAACAUAAAUAUGUUCCACUACUUCAUAAUACAUAUUUACAGUUGAAGUCAGAAGCGUCCAUACACUUAGGUUUGAGUCAUUAAAACUCAUUUUUUCAACCACUCCACAAAUGUCUUGUGAACAAACUAUAGUUUUGUGCAUGACACAAGUAAUUUUUCCAACAAUUGUUUACAGAUUAUUUCACUUAUAAUUCACUGUAUCACAAUUCCAGUGGGUCAGAAGUUUACAAGUUAACUGUGCCUUUAAACAACUUGGAAGAUUCCAGAGAAUUAUGUCAUGGCUUUAGAAGCUUCUGAUAGGCUAAUUGACAUCAUUUGAGUCCAUUGGAGGUGUACCUGUGGAUGUAUUUCAAGGUCUACCUUCAAACUCUGUGCCUCUUUGCCUGACAUCAUGGGAAAAUUAAAAGAAAUCAGCUAAGACCUCAGAAAACAAAUUGUAGACUUCCACAAGUCUGGUUCAUCCUUGGGAGCAGUUUCCAAAUGACUGAAGGUACCACGUUCAUCUGUACAAACAAUAGUACGCUAAUAUAAACACCAUGCGACCACGCAGCCAUCAUACCGCUCAGGAAGGAGACACGUUCUGUCUCCUAGAGAUCAACGUACUUUGGUGUGAAAAGUGCAAAUCAAUUGCAGAAUAACAGCAAAGGGCCUUGUAAAGAUGCUGGAGGAAACAGGUACAAAAGUAUCUAUAUCCACAGUAAAAAAAGUCCUAUAUCGACAAGGAAGCCACUGCUCCAAAACUGCCAUAAAAAAAGCCAGACUACAGUUUGCAACUGCACAGGGGGACAAAUAUCGUACUUUUUGGAGAAAUGUCCUCUGGUCUGAUGAAACAACAAUAUAAUUGUUUGACCAUAAUGACCAUUGUUAUGUUUGGAGGAAAAAGGGGGAGACUUGCAAGCCAAAGAACACCAUCCCAACCGUGAAGCACAGGGGUGGCAGCAUCAUGUUGUAGGAGUGCUUUGCUGCAGGGGAGACUGGUGCACUUCACAAAAUAGAUGGCACAUUGAGGAAGGUAAAUUAUGAGUCAAUGUAUUGGAGUGGCCAUCACAAAGCCCUGAUCUCAAUCCUAUAGAAAUUUUGUGGGCAGAACUGAAAAAGUGUGUGCGAGCAAGGAGGCCUACAAACCUGACUCAGUUACACCAGCUCUGUCAGGAGGAAUGGGCCAAAAUUCACCCAACUUAUUGUGGGAAGAUUGUGGAAGGCUACCAGAAACGUUUGACCCAAGUUGAACAAUUUAAAGGCAAUGCUACCAAAUACUAAUUGUUUGUGUAAACUUCUGACCCACUGGGAAUGUGAUGAAAGAAUAAAAGAUUAAGUAAAUCAUUCUCUCCUAUUAUACUGACAUUUCACAUUCUUAAAAUAAAGUGGUGAUCUUAACUGACCUAAGACAGGGAAUUUUUACUAUGAUUAAAUGUCAGGAAUUGUGAAAAACUGAGUUUAAAUGUAUUUGGCUGAGGUGUAUGUAAACCUCCGACUUCAACUGUAUAUUAUAGCACUACUUUUGGGAAGUCAAGCGGCACCAAGUAAUACCAAGAAAAACUGGACAGUCAAAUAACUCCGAAUUUGAGCUUUAUAGCUCUUUUAAGUAUAGUUCAAGUUUGAAGAUGUUUUUGCACAAACAUUAUUUUAAAUGAUGUGACAGACAGUGUUCUUUCUUUUUUAAAUGAACCACUAAAGAAUACAAGGUAGAAGCUCUUGUUUUUAUGAUGUCGGUAUGUCUUUUUUUUUCAUAUCAGUUUUAGUUUAUUGUAAUAUUUUUUGUUUUAUUUCCAUCUUACUCUUUAUUAAGUUUUUGUAUGGCCAUUUUAUGAUUCUAACCCUUUUUAAGAAAAGAGUUGAGCUCUUUUGUAUAAAAAAAAAUGAUGUUUGGAAAUUGGGUUUUGAAGUGUUGUAAGUGAAAACAGACUAUUAAAGGAGUGUUGAGAGAA